UUGAGGCGGCAAAACUAAAUUAAAAUCAACGGAAUAGGAGAUGGAUACACCAUAUUAUAACCUCGAGGAAGAACAAAUUCCAAGUGAUUUAGAUAAGGAGGUAUUGUUGAAGAUGGCCAAAAGAUUGGAACCAACUGAGGAAGACAUAAAACGUCCAAUGACUGAUGAAGAGUUAAGAGAGCUGUGCCUCAAAGUAAAAUGUCGUGUAGAAGCAUACCGUUGGAAUCCGGUGUAUGUGUAUAAAAGAUAUUUCGAAAAGAGAAACCGUUUCGCCAAUAAACCACCCCAGGAGCAAAGGUAUUUAAUGGCUAAAGCGGUGAAUCGUCACAAAGCAAAAAUGCUGUAUGACGAAGAGGAAAUCAAAAAAGAACGUCGUCAGGAAUGGAUAUUACGAAAGAAGGAUAAUUUACUAUCGCUAGAGAGUUGGGCCUAUGCUCGCGAACAUGAAAAUGACAAUGUUUCCCGCAGUUCCCAAAGUAUGGAAUUACUUGAAGUUGCGGAAUCUCCCAUGGAAGAAGAGCACUUAGAAGAGGAACAGGAAGACUUUGAAACACCCACAAUUGUUGAUAGUGAAUUCCUUAUAUCCCAAGCUGAAUCUGAAAUGUCAACAUUGGACGAUGAUGCGAAUAUAGUUAAGACACACAUUAAUUAUGAGGCACUAAAUAUGAGUGAGGCUGAUCAAAUACCCUUCGAUGAUGAUGCCAAUAUAGUUGAAACACAACUAAAUUAUGAGGCACUUAAUAUGAGGGAGGGCGAUCAAAUACCAUUAGUUAAUUCUGAGGAACUUCGUGAGCGAGGCCUUAAUAAGUCUAUGUGUCAAAUGUUCAAUGCCAACACAGAAUCAAUGACCAUUUGUGAUUCCGAAGUAUUAACACAGGACGCACAAUCUCAAGAUGUUCUAAGUAAUAAUUAUGAAGAAUUUGAUGGUGGUGUACCAUUGACUUCAACUCAAUCCCAGGAUAAAAUUUAAAUUAAUUUUUUAAUGUUUAAAGUGUGAAUUAAAAUGUUAAGUUUUUGUUUUUGUUAAGCGUUUAAAGUUAAGAGUGUUUCAA